ACAAUCACCGAACUGUCUCUCUCUGUCAUCCAUUUUCCCCUCCUCCUCCUCCUCAACCCAGUUCCAGCUCCAGAAACUUCUUCACUACUUUCUUCUACAAAAACCAAACCCAAAUCUCAGAGCGAAAAAUCAUCUAAUCUGAACAAAACCCAGGAGGAUCAGUUGUUCGAUACGAAGAUGUCGUGGCAAGCGUACGUCGACGACCACUUGUUGUGCGAAAUCGACGGCAACCGCCUCUCCGCCGCCGCGAUCAUCGGCCAAGACGGCAGCGUUUGGGCUCAGAGCGAAAACUUUCCCCAGUUUAAGCCUGAAGAAAUAGCGGCGAUUAAUAAAGAUUUUGAGGAGCCUGGAACGCUUGCGCCAACUGGAUUAUUCCUUGGUGGCACAAAAUACAUGGUCAUCCAAGGCGAACCAGGUGCUGUUAUACGAGGAAAGAAGGGCUCUGGCGGUGUCACCAUUAAGAAGACGAAUCAGGCCUUGAUCAUUGGCAUAUACGAGGAGCCUAUGGCUCCUGGUCAGUGCAAUAUGAUUGUGGAGAGGCUUGGAGAUUAUCUAGUUGAGCAGGGCCUGUAGUUGUGUAAUGUGGCUCUGAUAUCACAGUUGAUAUUUUUACUCUAAAGUUGUGAAGAGCUUGGUGUGGAAAAGAAGUUAUUGCCACUUGGAAAAGUGAUCCUUUAUGUAUGGAUCAUUUGUUUUCUCAUCCUCAAAUCCCUGGAAAAGUGAUUGGCUUUGUGAAUGAAACUGUUCUGAAUUUACGAUUCUUUCUUUUUCCUUUUUAUUUUUCCCUCCCCUUUCUUGGACAUUCAUUUUCUGUAAAAGUGUUAUCUAUGUUGAACGUAUAGGCUGGAGUUUGUCUGCAACAAUAUUUGGUGGGUGAUUAAUGGAAAACUUUAUGCUGUUUGGUCUGUUUUGUCAGACACAUGGAUCUUUGACUUGAAA